UCAGUACAGACGUCAGUUUAGUAUCAUCGACAGACAGAGAGAGUCAGGAACAACCCACGCUCGCUCUCACACACAACCUACAGCCCCGGAGCUGUCUAAAACAACAAUUUAGUAGCACUGUGUACACAGGGAGAUUACCUUAACCCAAGCCUGGACUAUACUACUCUGCUUUUGGACCAGGAAAGAACAGGGAACUAAAGGAUUUUUCUCUUUUUCUCCUUCCUGCUAUGCCCUUUGUUUUCCCCACUGUGGUCUCUGCUGUCCUAGCAGGYGUCCACUARCGCCCYCCAGYGAAAMAGAGCGGUACAGCCAGARSAUAGGSAGCCCRRGCAGCCUCAUCGUGGGCCCCUCCAGUUUAGCUGUCCGAUGCGGAGUGAGGAUGAGUCCUGCUCUAGAAGCCCUCAUGCAGGCAGACGGGACACCCCCCUAUCCUGGGAAAGGGGUGAUGCUUGAGCCUUUUGUGCACCAGGUGGGGGGCCACUCCUGCGUGCUACGUUUCGGCGACCAGACCAUCUGCAAGCCUCUCAUCCCCCGAGAACAUCAGUUCUACAAGAGCCUGCCCCCCGAGAUGAGGAAGUUCACCCCACAGUACAGAGGUGUGGUGUCAGUCAGCUUUGAGGAAGAUGAAGAGGGCAACCUAUGCCUCAUUGCCUACCCCCUCCACAAUGAACCAGAGAACCUGGAAAACAAGGACCCCUCAUCCGACUGCGAGCCCAAGAGCAAGAUGAUCAAAUGGGGUAACAAGAAGACAUCGUCCCUACUGCUGGAGAACGACAACUACAGCAAAGACUGGGCCAGACAGAGCACUAAAGAGAACAAGAGCAAAAGUUAUAACGGUGCGGAGGCGCAGCAGCAGGCUGAGGUUCUCUGCUACAGUCUGGAUCAGAAGCAAAUUAAACACAACCCCUGGAGUCUGAAAUGCCACCAGCAGCACCUCCAGAGGAUGAAGGAGAACUCCAAACACCGCAACCAAUACAAAUUCAUCCUGUUGGAGAACCUGACAUGGCGUCACGCGGUGCCGUGCGUGCUGGACCUGAAGAUGGGCACACGGCAGCAUGGUGACGAUGCGUCAGAGGAAAAGAAGGCCAAUCAGAUUCGCAAAUGUCAACAGAGCACCUCUGCCUCCAUCGGUGUCCGCCUUUGUGGCAUGCAGGUGUACCAGUCAGACUCAGGCCAGCUGAUGUUCAUGAACAAGUACCAUGGGCGUAAGCUGAGCCUGCCGGGCUUCAARGAGGCCCUKUUCCAGUUCUUCCACGAUGGRCAGCGUCUGMGSCRCGAGCUGCUCUCCCCGGUGCUGYGGAAGCUCMGGGAGAUGCAGGAAACCCUGGAGUCCUGCGAGUCCUACCGCUUCUACUCCUCCUCCCUCCUCAUCAUCUAUGAUGGGGAGCCCCCCCGCACCUGUGCCCCCACCCGACCUCGCCACCGCGGAGGAGAGGAGGGUGACGAUGACGAGCCCUCAGAUGAGGAAGAGGAGGAAGAGAAAGAAGGUGCAUUUGGGUUCCCCCGUGGAUCGGCAGCUGGCAGCAGUGCUGGUGGGAGCAGUAACGGCAGCAGUAAGGGAAGCGCUGGUCGCUCAUCCCGCGGUGGAGGAGGGGAGGCCAGCAGCCCGGCGGUGGAUGUGAGGAUGAUAGAUUUUGCCCACACAACGUGCCGCCAUUACGGGGAGGACAGUGUGGUGCAUGAGGGUCAGGACAGCGGCUACAUCUUCGGCCUGCAGAACCUCAUCACUAUCAUCUCCCAGCUGGAGGAGCACAGCGCCGACUGAGCCUGAGCCUCCACUCUGGAAAACUAAUCUAACCUGGGAAUAACAGCACUGAGCUGUAGCCCUGGUCUGCCCUCCUCUGCCACUAGCCUGGUCCUAAUGGCCACGACACAGCCGGGGGUCUGACCCCCCCACCUACUGUAGUGGAGAAACAGGGAGCUUCCGGGUUGGUGCUGGGGUCGGUCCCGCACCCCCCGAACCAACAUGGGACAGGACUGCUUGUGCACUCGUUUGCAACUUGUCUCUGUGACUGUUCUUCCUCUCUUUCUUCCCCUCUUUAUUUUCUAUGUAGUGGGAGUGAUAGUGUCUGAGACUCUGGUAUAUUAACAGGCUCAGGGACUCAUGUAGCAUCCUGUCCUCCUUUCCUCCUCUCUGCUCCUCUGUUAGACUGUUUUCUUUACUGUAUGGUCACUCUGAGAGAGGGACCAAAAGCUGAAGUGUAGUUCUGGAGGUUGUACUAGAUGCUUUUAGUUUUAGACUGUAUGGUGAUAUGAAGUGUUUGUGGAUGGCGUUUGGACUGCUGUUCCCCCAACAGCGCAGCACACAUGAGUGGGGGUUGCUUCUGUACAGACUGAACGGGGCUAGGCCGGUCGCUCGGGCAGCUGGCAACUCCUCACUCUCCUAUAGCCGAUUUUUGUAUUUCUUCUGGUGUUUCUGCAGACCCAAGCAACAAACAGACUUUUGUUAUACUUUUGGCUGUCUGGAUUUACAAAAAUAAYGACGCAUGGAAGGAGAAUAAGAUUUGGGUGAAGAAUGGAUUUCUACCUUUUGUCAACAAUACCCCCCUCUUACUGUUUAGUCUCUAAAUCAAAGACAUUUAAAGUGGGGGUUUAUAAGGGAAUAACAUCAUUACUUUGUCAUUUUCUUUGUUUUUGUCUGAUUUGCUCCUCUUCAUUCCUGAAAUGGUGACUGAACACAAUAUAUUGAUAAGGACAAUAAAUACAAAGACUAUAGACUUUAUUUUGUUUGUCAUAUUUCUUAAAAAUAAACAAAGAAAAAUUUAAACAAAAUGGAGCAAUGAUGACAACAUUCCAUAUUACUGUUCUGAUAAUGACUAGUGAAUAUUGUUUUUUGCAAGAUACCUCUCUUGUAGACCUGUGUGUCACUAGUAUGUUGGAAGAAAAAUAAAGACAUUUCUUGUGGUAAAAGCA